GAGAAAAGGUAGGAGCGGCGGACGAUGGCGCUCAGUUGUCAGUUGAGUGUCGUGAGCGACGCACGCUUCUAUCUGCACCUCCUCCACACAAAUUCUACUCAACAUGAGAGAAAUCGUACACGUGCAGACCGGCCAGUGCGGCAACCAGAUCGGCACCAAGUUCUGGGAGAUCAUCAGUGACGAACAUGGCUUGACAGCAGCGGGCACACUACGCGAGAAUGUUCCUCACGAUGUCAGGGAGCUGCAGCUGGAGAGGAUCAAUGUUUAUUACAGUGAGGGUGCCCCAGGGAAGUACGUGCCCCGGGCUAUUCUGGUGGACUUGGAGCCUGGUACGAUGGACUCUGUCAAGGCUGGCCCACUCGGAGAGCUCUUCAAACCCAGCCACUUUGUCUUCGGUCAGUCCGGCGCGGGGAACAACUGGGCCAAGGGUCACUACACGGAGGGGGCCGAACUGGUGGACUCGGUUUUGGAUGUGGUAAGGAAGGAAGCUGAGAAUUGCGACUGCCUUCAAGGCUUCCAGAUGACACAUUCACUGGGUGGGGGCACGGGCUCUGGCAUGGGCACACUCCUCAUCUCCAAGAUCAGGGAGGAGUUCCCAGACAGGAUCAUGAACACUUUCUCCGUCGUUCCGUCCCCCAAGGUAUCAGACACCGUGGUGGAGCCCUACAAUGCGACCCUCUCCAUCCACCAACUUGUGGAAAACACAGACCAGACCUACUGCAUCGACAACGAAGCCCUCUACGACAUCUGCUUCCGUACACUCAAGCUGGCCAACCCCACCUAUGGCGAUCUCAACCAUCUAGUUUCCCUCACUAUGUCAGGUGUUACCACCUGCUUACGCUUCCCUGGACAGCUCAAUGCCGAUCUCAGGAAACUGGCAGUCAACAUGGUACCCUUCCCACGUCUCCACUUCUUCAUGCCAGGGUUCGCACCUCUUACAGCCCGCGGAUCUCAGCAGUACCGUGCCCUCACAGUCCCUGAACUGACACAACAAAUGUUUGAUGCCAAGAACAUGAUGGCUGCCUGUGAUCCCCGCCACGGUCGCUAUCUCACUGUCGCCGCAGUGUUCAGAGGAAAGAUGUCCAUGAAGGAAGUUGAUGAACAGAUGUACAAUAUCCAGAGCAAAAACUCUUCAUACUUUGUCGAAUGGAUCCCUAAUAACGUCAAGACGGCCGUAUGUGACAUUCCUCCUAGAGGUAUCAAGAUGGCCUCCACCUUUAUUGGUAACUCAACAGCCAUCCAGGAACUUUUCAAACGCAUAUCAGAGCAGUUCACGGCUAUGUUCAAAAGAAAGGCUUUCCUCCACUGGUACACAGGUGAGGGCAUGGACGAGAUGGAGUUCACUGAAGCAGAAUCCAACAUGAACGAUCUGGUCUCAGAAUACCAGCAGUACCAAGAAGCCAGCAUUGACGACGAAGAAGAGAUUGGAGAAUAUGAGGAAGAUGCCGAACAUGAUGCUGCCUAAAUAACGAUUCCAUAUGACCUCUGACCUGCUCUAAGCCGGUCACUAGUGUAUUGUAAGUAAUCAAAGGUCACUGGCUAAGGAAGAGGAUGUUGGGUGUAAGUUGUUAUGCUGAAGUUUAGAGCAAUGACUAACCUGAGCUUGAACAUAACAUAUGCAUUGUAUAGCCUCGACCUUGCCACAAACAUCACCUACCUACGUUAUUCUCCAGAGAUGUAUUCACAUUCUGUUGGCAACUGAGCCCCCGCAGAGUACCUAGUCCGAGGAAGCCUCGCGCUAGAGCGCCCUCCAAUGACCCGACAUUCGCAAUAACACCACCUUCAGGAGCAUCACCUGCUGCUCCUACUCAUAUAUAUGGCCAUACACAAACUUCCAGAACAUUUUCAUCUGUUUGAACCCACCUGUCAUCCCUGUGUUAUCACCAAUCUGUGCAAGUGCUCUGCAACACUUGAUGUCCAAUAAGGAAUAUCCUCAGUUUUACAAGUAUGGAAAGCUCAGAAAGGUGAUGACAGGAGACCAAGGUGGUCAGAUGAUUUACAGCUGGUAGGAGGGGCGGUGGUCCACCCCUGGAGUGACCACUUCUCUCGUCUGCUCAAUAGUAACACGUCGGAGGUCAACGAUGCUUCACUCACCCUUUUUUUUUUUGCAUCCUUUCUUCAUUUUUCUCCCCUACAUCAUUUCUCCCUCCACUAUAUUCUGCCUCACACAUGUUGUCAUUUAAUCUAAGUAAGAUUUUAAAAAAGUAGAAUUAUAUAGCUUUUAUAUGAAUUUAAUUAUUAUCCUUGAUGAAACAUUAGACUUUCUUUUGAUGCUACAACACAACCAUUGAGGGAGGCGGCGCGUGACGUCACCAGUUGUGGGUGUUAUCUUGUGGGUGUCACUGAAGUUAUUCAUUACCAAGUGUUCUUCACCUGUCGCCGCCCACACAAUCGUCAGCACCGAGUCAGAACCCCCUCCCACUUGGAUAGUACCCUUGGCCAUUUAUCAUUACCACUCACGACCCAGGGAGUGUCUCCCGCCCAUAGGGAAAUACAGGACCUUCACCUUCGCCCACUUUACAUGACCCAAAGUUCAACACAUUUCCUCCUUGUCCAGGAAGGAAUAGACCAGUCUAGCCACACCGACGACGAUAAAUAUCUAGGCCUUUGCCCACACCCGUCCACCCUCUGAAACUUUCCGCGCUUUCAGUGCGGCACGCGAGUGUGUUGUGCCGCCCGCAGGAACCUUCCAUCACUACCCUUCCUAAGACAAAUCUAACACGGCACAAAUAAAAGUCACAAAAUUAA